UCCCGCGGCGGGAUUUGGGCUCGGCCCCUUUAAGUCCCGCCAGGGCCAGCCGGGCCCAGACCGCGCCCUUCCCGGAUCCGCGCCUGGGAAUCGCUGCCCCGCGCGCGCCCCCCGCGCUCCCCCGCGCUCCCCCGCGCCGCGUCCGAGACCCCGCGCGCUGCCCGGGAGCGCCAGGCCUGCGGGCGUAGCGGCCGUGCGCGUCAUGAGCCGCAUCUACCACGACUGCGCCCUCCGGAACAAGGCGGUGCGGAGCGCACGACUGCCGGGGGCCUGGGACCCCGCCGCCCACCAGGGGGGAAACGGCGUUCUGCUGGAGGGAGAACUGGUCGAUGUGUCUCGCCACAGCAUCUUGGACGCCCGUGACAGGAAGGAGCGCUACUACGUGCUGUACAUCAGGCCCAGUCGCAUCCAUCGCCGGAAGUUCGACCCCAAGGGAAAUGAAGUUGAGCCCAACUUCAGCGCCACCAGGAAGGUCAACACGGGCUUCCUCAUGUCGUCCUACAAGGUGGAGGCGAUGGGGGACACCGACAGGCUCACGCUCGAGGCCCUGAAGGCACUGGUACAAAAGCCAGAGCUGCUUGCGCUGACGGAGAGCCUUACCCCGGACCAGACAGUGGCGUUCUGGAUGCCUGAGUCAGAGAUGGAGGCCUUGGAGCUGGAGCUGGGGGCCGGGGUACGGCUGAAAACUCGAGGCGACGGCCCCUUCCUGGAGUCCUUAGCCAAACUUGAGGCUGGAACAGUGACCAAGUGUAAUUUUACUGGUGAUGGAAAGACAGGGGCAUCCUGGACAGACAACAUUAUGGCGCAGAAGUCUUCGGCGGGAGCCACGGAGGAGACCCGAGAGCAGGGGGACGGGGCCGAGGACGAGGAGUGGGAUGACUGAGGUGAGUGGGCGUGAAGCGUCUCUGAGGCCACCAGCGCUGCUGAGACUAUGAUCUGUCAACAUCUACUCUGGAGUUCAAGGGAGCGGUCCACUAAGUCUUCCAUGGUUCUUCCUCCAGCUGCCCCAGAAUACUCUUGGAAUAAGCACUGCUAAAGUCAAAUCCAUGACCAUGACAUGACCAAUGUCGCCCCAUGCUGUGGCUCCUGGAGGGGCCCUCCCUGGAUGUGAGUCUAGAUCUCCUAGAUCUUUCCACUGUGGCCCCUUGCCCUGAAUGGCAGCCUUGUUUCUAGAGGCAGGCAGUGGAAUUGAACUUGGUCUUGGUGUACACUUGGGGAAUGUCCCUCAUCUGCAUGCUUUCCCCUGUCCUUGUAUAUCCUGUCUUCCUCCCACACCUGCCCCCUGCCACCAGGGCUCUGAGCUGUAGCCUUUACUCUUCUGUUCAAACCUCCUUGUUCCCUCUAUGCCCUUUUCCUUCCCCAGAGCUGCCAGUUCUUUAUUCGUCCUCUGGUUCUCUGCAACAUUGAGGGGCUUCCUGUCUCCUGACCUCCCCUGGCUGCUGUCUGAUGGGGAUGUUGUUCUCAGGGAGGCCUAGAGUCUUCCCAGGUGUGGCUGGUUGGUCCCCAUCUUGCAGGCUCACUCUACCAGGCCACAUUUUGAUAACACCUGUCGUUAUUGUUUUGUACUUUGAGAACUUUUUAUGAGUGAGUAAACCUUCAGAAAAGG